UUCGUCUCUCUCACACAACUCAAAAAAUCUCAGAGAAAGGAACAAACGAUUCAUAUGAAGAAGAUGAUGAUACAGAGAUUAAAAGCUUCGAACUUUACUCAGAUUAUUGAUAAAGGUACUUUGAGAAUUUCUUUAUUACACUAUUCUUGUAUCAGCGAAGCGAAAGUUUCUUAUAAAGAGAGAUUGAGGAAUGGGAUUGUUGAUAUUAAGGUUAAUGAAGCUAUUGAUCUCUUCGAAUCCAUGAUUCAAUCUCGUCCUUUACCAAGUCUCAUUGAUUUCAGUAAAUUGUUUAGUGCUGUUGCUAGAAGGAAAGAAUAUGAUUUAGUGUUAGGUUUCUGCAAGGAAAUGGAUUUGAAUGGGAUUGAACAUAACAUGUAUACUAUGAACAUUAUGAUCAAUUGCUUUUGUCGAAAAAGGAAACUUCUUUUCGCUUUUUCGGUUGUUGGGAGAGCUCUGAAAUUUGGGUUUGAGCCUAAUACGAUUACGUUUUCGACUUUGAUUAACGGGUUUUGCCUCGAGGGUAGAGUUUCUGAAGCUGUGGCUUUAGUUGAUCGGAUGGUGGAAAUGAAGUAUAGACCAAAUGUUGUGACGGUUAACACGUUGAUCAAUGGACUUUGUCUUAAGGGUAGAGUGACUGAAGCUUUGGUUUUGAUUGAUAGGAUGGUUAAAUAUGGGUGUGAAGCUAAUGAGAUUACUUAUGGACCGGUUUUGAAUAGAAUGUGUAAGUCAGGGAACACUGCUUUGGCUUUGGAUUUGUUUAGAAAGAUGGAAGAAAGAAGUAUCAAAGCUAGUGUAGUUCAGUAUAGUAUUGUUAUUGAUAGUCUUUGUAAAGAUGGGAACCUCGAUGAUGCACUUAGUCUUUUUAAUGAGAUGGAGAUGAAAGGGAUCAAAGCAGAUGUUGUUGCCUACAGUUCUAUUAUAGGAGGUCUUUGUAACGACGGUAGAUGGGAUGAUGGUGCAAAGAUGUUGAGGGAGAUGAUCGGAAGGAAUAUUAUCCCUAAUGUUGUCACAUUUAGUGCUUUGAUUGAUGUUUUUGUGAAAGAGGGGAAGCUUUUAGAGGCUAAGGAGUUGUACAAUGAAAUGGUCGCACGAGGUAUCGCUCCUGACACCAUUACAUAUAGUUCCUUGAUUGAUGGGUUUUGCAAGGAGAAUCGGCUAGGCGAGGCUAAUCAGAUGUUGGAUCUGAUGGUUAGCAAGGGAUGUGAACCUAAUAUCGUGACUUAUAGUAUUCUCAUAAAUAGUUACUGCAAAGCUAAGAGAGUUGAUAAUGGUAUGAGACUUUUCUGUGAGAUUUCUUCGAAAGGAUUGGUUGCUGAUACAGUCACUUAUAACACUCUUGUCCAAGGGUUUUGUCAAUCGGGAAAACUUAAUGUUGCUAAAGAACUAUUCCAAGAGAUGGUUUCUCGUGGUGUGCCACCAAGUGUUGUAACUUAUGGCAUUUUGCUGGAUGGUUUGUGUGACAAUGGAGAACUACAAAAAGCAUUGGAGAUAUUUGAAAAAAUGCAGAAGAGUAGGAUGAUUCUUGGUAUUGGCAUCUAUAAUAUCAUCAUUCACGGGAUGUGCAAUGCUAGUAAGGUCGAUGAUGCGUGGAGUUUGUUCUGUAGCCUCUCUGUCAAAGGAGUGAAACCUGAUGUCUUGACAUACAAUGUAAUGAUUGGAGGACUAUGUAAGAAAGGCUCGUUGUCUGAAGCCGAUAUGCUGUUUAGGAAAAUGAAGGAGGAUGGGUGUGCUCCGAGUGAUUGUACGUACAAUAUACUUAUCAGGGCACAUCUCGGAGGUAGUGGAGUAAUCUCUUCAGUUGAACUCAUCGAAGAAAUGAAGAUGCGUGGGUUCGCUGCAGAUGCUUCCACUAUAAAGAUGGUUGUUGUUAUGUUAUCAGAUGGUAGAUUGGAUAAAACCUUUUUGGAUAUGCUUUCUUGAUUGUCUAAUCUGAAAUACAAGAGAUAAAGCCAAGAUUUUUGUUUGUAAUUCCAAAUCAACUCAAUAUUGUACCAAGCUUUUAUAACGUAUUGAUGUUGUGGUCC